UCAUCAUGCAUACUCUCUUCUCUAUUCUCUAGUCUCUGCACAUUUUCCUAAUGAUUCCUUUUGUUUUGUUCCCUUCUCUUGCUUCUAGCUAGUUAGUACUACCUCUUCAUCACAGGGUACUUUUUCUUUUUCUUUUAUAGUUCCAUUCUCAUCAGAACUGUGAUAGUGACUUCUCUCUGUAUUAUUGUUCCUAGUAUUUCUUCCUUUUCAGGGGUUUCAAAUCAUUGUAUUCUCUUUAACUCAACAAACAUAUCCUAAUAAUUCUCUCAACUACUCAAACCACACUAAUGGCUCAACAGGAAGAAGGGUGGCCAUUGGGGCUGAGGUUAUUGAAUGCAAGAAUCGGAAUGGUGAGAAAUGGUGAUAUCUCAGGAUCAGUCUCAUUCACCACUAUGCUCACUAGUUCCACCACCCCUUCAAUUGAUUCUUCCUCAGAUCUUGAUACUCAGGAGUCCACAGGAACAUUCUUCCGUGACAGGAGCAUCACACUAGGGAGCCUCAUUGGUAUCUCUAGCUUCUUAACACUCUCCAGGAGAUCAGCAACAACAACAAUGGAGGAGCCUUCAUCAUCAAAUAAUAAAAAAAAGAAUCAUCACAAGCUGAUGAAACCAUACUGGUUAUUCUCACUUUGUUCAAAGCUAAAUACUGAUGCAGUGAUUCUGCAUAGUGAUGCUGAUGCUCCUUCUCUCGGUCAGUACCUCGAGGCAGAGAGAAGAGCCGCAGCCGCCGCCGCCACAAGUAAUAAUCAAAGAAGGAACCAAUGUCAAGAAAUGUAUGUACCUAAUGAUUUUGACACAAUUCAAGAUUCAAAUUCACUAUUUCAUGGAGAACAAGUUGCUGUUCUGUCACCUGAUUCAAUGGAUGAAGAAGAGGAGGCAAAUAGAGAAUGGGAACAAAGCAACAAUAGAUUUGGAGCAACAAUAAUUUUCCCUUGUUUAUGUGGAUAAACCAUUUAAUCUAUUUGAUCUCUUUACCCUUUUUCUUUUUAAAAAGUAUAUGAUUUAAUGAUCCGGAGUUCUUUGGUUGUUACAGCAUAAUCUGAACUUCUUCACAUGUUUGUUCAUAAACUUCCAAUGGAGUUAGAGACCUACAUUUUAUACUCAAUUCAAUCCAAAAUUUGCUUCGGUUGUCGAGCCUCAAAAGAUAUUAUAUUCUCUAAUGUUAUUUGUUAAGAACUUAAAAUAGAACUCAUUAACAAU